CCGGCAAUCAUCCUCUUCGCCAUGUCCUUGCUCUCUUUUUCACCACGGUGCUGCAAAUUUGGAGUCAUCAUACCACUGCGGACUCAAACCGGUCUUCCGACACGGUAUGUCCAGACUGACAGCUCUCCAACGCUGCCACGUAAACGCAAAGAACCACGUCCAAUUCCUCGGAAAGUAGUUCUAGGAGAGGCAUGGACGCGACGGCUCGUCUUAUUCCACGGUGACCUCCCCCAGAACCAAGAAACAAUAUCCGUCUUCAACACUCUGACCACCUACAACCCCUUCUUCCUCCUCCCCGGAAGCAAGUACGUCGACCCAUUCUUAUCCAAGGACCCCAACUUCAUCAAGCCGGACAACUUUGUCCUCGAGACCGUCGCAUUCCCCUCACGCGAGGAUAUCCAAACCGUAUGCGACUACACCGGGAGUCCUUUCCCGAGCCUGGCGCAGAAACCCACCGCGUUUGCGACGCACUCUAUCGAUGCGUUCCUCGAGCAGUUCCUUCGCGAGCCGGAGAGAACGAAGAUGCCGUUUAUGGUUGAUCAUCUACAGAAGAACGUAAUUUUUUCGGCAACGAAGAUUAUAAAGUGGGUGCACCAAGAGAUCCUGGUGGCGGGGAAGAGGGAACUCGUUUCGUUGGAGAGGCUGCGUGCAGCGUUCCGUAUUGCAUCACGUGUGACUGCCGGGGACAGGCUGCAGCGCGAAAUCAAGUUUAGGGAGGAGAUGUGGGAAAAGGUGUAUCUGCCAUACGAGCAGUUGCGGAAGGCACGGCUUAAGAUGACUUUGGAAAAAAGAAAACAAAAGUAGGGACAUGGACAAGUAAUUUAAAUAGAUUAGGUCUUUAUCUGGCGUCUCUGCAGCAUUGCCCUAUAUAAUCCAAUAUUCUUCUCCUUCUCCCUUUCCCGUCGCUUCUCCUUUUUCCCCAAUCGCUCCCCGAUUUCCAUGUAAUACACCGUCCCAGGACCAUACACCUCGCGAUACAGCUUUCUCCUCAGUGCCAUCUCCUUCGUUGCAACCGGAGUCAUAUGCGACGCCAGCCUGUGCAUUUCAUGCCUCUCCCUCCUGUCCGCAUCCUGCUUCCAUUCCUUAAUCUUCCUCAGUAUCCU